AUGAUUGAAGCUGUCAAUGGAAGAAAUAUUGCUGGUUACACGAUGUAUCCAGAUGAAGAGGAAGUCAUAUUGGGAGUUGGCACCCAAUUACGUGUCAAAGAUAUCGGAUUUCAACAUGGCAAUCUACGGGUAGUACAGUUGGAAGAAUUAGAUGGCAAUGACGAUGAUGAACAAGAAGAAUUGACACAAGCCAUGGCUACCACAUAUGUAACACCAAAGCCGUCUAAACCAAUCAGUAAUCCAACACUUCGUGAGUUACUCAUCUAUUUUCUUUGUUUAAAACAAAGAUGA